GACCAGCGAGAGUCCAAGGCCAGUGAGGAUGGCCUGUUCCCAUCCGAUCAGACUGGAUCGGCAGACUGGGGCGCCCGCGAUCUCGAGAGGAGGAGGAAGAAGACCACGACGACCCCAACCACCAAGUCAUCCGUGCUCAUCUAGAUUCCAAUAAAAUUCAGUAGCUAAGACUGGCCACCACCACUUGCUCUGAGCUAACUGGCUUGAGAUUAUAAAAACGGCUGCCGGUAGAGCGCGACUGCACUGCAAGCGCGGAUCUCAAGUAGCAGCCGCAGCUCGGCUGAUGCGUAUUGCCAGUAGCUGCUGCCAUCAUGGUUGACUUGAGGCGCGCGCGCGCUCUUCUCGCCGCCGGCGUCCUCCUCGCCGGCUUGGUCGGCGUCGCCUUGCUCUGCGCCGGGGACGAGCAGUUCGUGUACACCGGCUUCGCCGGCGCGCCGCUGAUCCUGGACGGCACGGCCGUCAUCACGCGGACGGGGCUGCUGGAGCUGACCAACGGCACGGCGCAGCUCCAGGGCCACGCGGUGCACCCGACGCCGAUGCCGUUCCGGCGGUCCCCCGGCGGGCCCGUGCGCUCCUUCUCGGCGUCGUUCGUCUUCGGCAUCAUCCCGCCCUACGCCGAACUCAGCGGCCACGGCAUCGUCUUCUUCGCCGGCAACAACAGCUUCGCCACCGCGCUGCCCAGCCAGUACCUCGGCUUCCUCAACUCCUCCAACAACGGCAACGCCAGCAACCACAUCUUCGGCGUCGAGCUCGACACCAUCCGGAGCACCGAGUUCAAGGACCCCAACGACAACCACGUCGGCAUCGACAUCAACAGCCUCACGUCCGCCAACGUGAGCGACGCCGGCUACUACGACGACGGCACCGGUGCGUUCCACAGCCUGUCCCUCAUCAGCGCCAAGGCCAUGCAAGUCUGGGUGGACUACGACGGCGCGACCACGCAGAUCAACGUGUUCCUGGCUCCCCUGAAGAUGGCCAAGCCUUCCAAGCCUCUGGUGUCGGCCACGCAGAACCUCUCGGAUGUGCUCGUGGAGCCGGUGUACGUGGGCUUCUCGUCCGCGACGGGCACGGUCAGGUCGCUCCACUACGUGCUCGGCUGGAGCUUCGCCAUGGACGGCCCUGCUCCGGCCAUCAACAUCGCCGGCCUGCCCAAGCUGCCAAGGUUCGGCCCCAAGCCACGGUCCAAGGUCCUGGACAUCGUGUUGCCGAUCGCCUCCGCGGCGUUCGUCCUCGGCGUGGUCGCCGUUGUCGUCGUCCUCGUCCGGAGGCGCCUCAAGUACUCCGAGCUGCGAGAAGACUGGGAGGUCGAGUUCGGGCCGCACCGGUUCACGUACAAGGACCUCUUCCGCGCAACAGAGGGAUUCAAGAGCAAGAAGCUGCUCGGGAUCGGGGGAUUCGGGAGAGUGUACAAAGGAGUGCUCCCGAAAUCAAAAUUGGAGGUCGCCGUGAAACGUGUAUCGCACGAAUCAAGACAGGGCAUAAAGGAGUUCGUCGCCGAGGUCGUCAGCAUUGGCCGUCUCCGGCACCGCAACCUCGUGCAGCUGCUCGGCUACUGCCGGCGCAAAGGUGAACUUCUCCUGGUCUACGACUACAUGCCCAAUGGCAGCCUUGACAAAUACCUGUACGGCAAGGAGGAGAAGGCCACGUUGGAUUGGGCUCAGAGGUUCAGGAUCAUCAAGGGCGUGGCAUCAGGGUUGCUCUACAUCCACGAAGAUUGGGAGCAGGUCGUCAUCCACCGGGACAUCAAGGCGAGCAAUGUGCUUCUCGACAGCGAGAUGAACGGACGGCUUGGAGACUUUGGUCUCGCGAGGUUGUACGACCACGGAGCUGACCCCCAGACGACCCAUGUCGUCGGCACGAUGGGGUACCUUGCCCCGGAGCUGGCGCGGUCAGGGAAAGCGUCCCCUCUCACCGACGUGUUCGCCUUCGGCGCGUUCAUCCUCGAGGUCGUCUGCGGCCGGAGGCCCGUCGAGCUGAGCAUGACGGACAACCGGCUGAUGCUGGUGGACUGGGUGCUCGACCACUGGCAGGAGGAGUCGCUCGCCGAGGUCAUCGACGCGAGGCUAGAGGGGAAGUACGACGCCGACGAGGCGACGCUGGCGCUCAAGCUCGGGCUGCUGUGCUCGCACCCGCUGCCAGGCGCGAGGCCGAGCAUGCGGCAGGUGAUGCAGUACCUUGACGGCCACAUGCCCUUCCCCGAGCUGACGCCGGCGCACCUGAGCUUCAGCAUGCUGGCCCUGAUGCGGAGCGAAGGGUUCGACUCGUUCGUCAUGUCGGCGUCGCAUGCGUCGACGACGGCGAUGAGCAUCGGGACGAUGACCGGCCUCUCCGGAGGGAGAUGACAUGUGCCUUCGUUCUGCUGUUAGAGCAUGCGUGAGGAUGUACAUCGGAUGGCACCAGUACAUUAGCCAGUACUAGUCGUCUGUCUCCUACAGUGUAACUGGAAAGUUCAGGUCCACGAAUGAGGAUUUGUACAAGAAAUCAAAUGCCAACUACGUCUGGUCAGUAGGAAUCGGAACGCAUGAGGUGAACAGAGUUGCAGGAUGCUUGGAAAAAUCUGCGCACAGAGUGAGAGAGACUUGUCCCAUGCCAAGUCCAAAAUCAUGGCGGGAGAAAGAUGCCAUCGGCCUCACUUCAGCCUCUGUCAGGCGUGUGGAUGGAAUACUUGUAUCGCAGCUUUGUUUGCGACUGUUUUGGAUGCUUGCUUAGAAGAAGAUCACAUUAUCUGACUAGACCUGCCCUGAACUAUUGACCACCAGAAAAUAAUGAGAAAUGUCGCGUUUGAAUGUACUGUGGAUUGUGGAAUGCAGGCUGUCUGAAUCUGACUACUGCAACAGGUUCAGUUUCUGAAGAACAAAACAUGGCGGGGGAAACUACAAACCUCAACAUGACUUAAUUUGGAGGUGUGAGAAAUUUAAGGCCUAAAGCAUUCCUACCGUACCGUCAUAUGUGGAAAAACAAAUGCCCCUGAAGUUAAUAAUCUUCCCAUGGCAAGCUUUCCAGGAUAGACUCCAAACCGGAGGCGCGCUGAAAAAAAUGAUGUGGAAAGGGAGAUAAUAGAUGUGUUCUGCGUGGCAAAAUUGAAAAUGUUGACCACAUUUUCUUCUAAUGUGUGAUUGCCAGAUUUGUUUGGAGUUGUUUAAAAGAAGCUAAUGGGUGGAAGAACGCCGGCUAACUUAGGCGGUUUCCUGA